UAUCUUACUAUCUAUAUAGUAUAUGGUAUCUUAGUCCAUUCCACUCCGAGCCAUAAACUUUCAAAAAAUUUCCGUAAACUUGAUUGAAAUUCUAAUCUCUAAUCAAGUACUAAUUAUAGUACUUGCUACCAGGUACUAAGGUCCUUAGUAAUUAACAAUUUCACUUUUUUACAUUUUAGCAUUACAUUAUCAAAUUAUUAUAUUAUCCGUAAUCACUAAUCUGUAUAGUAUUUAAAUACAUGAACUUUAAACAAAAUAUUGUUUCUAAUUUCAUUGGUAAAUUUUCGACUUAUUUAUUUUGAAAAAAUCUUGAAAAAUGUUCCAAAUUACAAAACGUAGUGCUAAAUUAUUUAGUGCAAAUUGUAUUGCUUUAAGAAAAUAUGCUGAUAGCUCUAAAGUAGCUACUCUAAAAGGUGGUGAAAACAUUUUGUAUUCGUCAUUACAAAAAAAAUUUCCUCAAGCCAAAGAAAUCAAAAUCAAAGAUAUUUCAGGUGGUUGUGGUGCUAUUUUCGAAGUAUUUAUUUCCACGACAGAAUUCAAGGGAUUGAGUAUAGUAAAACAACACCAACUUAUUAAUGAAGUUUUAAAAGAUCAAAUUAAGUCAAUGCAUGGAAUACGAAUACACACAGAAAUACCUGUUGAAAAUAAUAAUUAAAAUUAAUUAUGUUUUAUAAAUGAAAAAUAGUUAUUGUAAAAUAGAAAACUA